AUAUGAUUAUUCUGAUCAUUUGAUUUAAACUCAAAUCACCAGUAUAUUACAGAACUUAUAACAUUAUAACAUAGAACAAAAGCAUCUCAUUUACCACGGAAACAUUUUUGAACCUGCUCACACUAUUUUCUUGAAGAAGGGGUCUUAUUUAACUAUUUCUCAAGAUGAUGUAUUUGUUCACAAAGAACUUAUGGAGCAUUUUCGACAAAGUACAAAAUCAGGUUCUUAAAACUCAAUUUCAGAAUUGGUCCAGUUCAAAAGAUAUGAUUUCCAAAGAAGAGAAACCAGUCGCUCACCGUUUCGAUCCUUUACCAGUGGUCAAAAGUAAAGGAAAUGAAGUUUCGGAUAAAGUGGGAAAAAGAUAUCUUGAUUUCAUUGCCAGAUUUGCAUCAUUUAAUUUUGGACAUUACCAUCCUAGAAUACUGAAAAUGUUUAAAAAACAAGGAAGCAUGUUGUCAUCCACAGAGCGAGUAGACGAUAACCAUUCGCUUCCAAAAUAUGCAGAAGUUAAGACGAAAGAUUUUAAUCAUGGCUGUGUGGUCCCAAUGACUACAGGAAUUGAAGGCGGAGAGACAGCUGUCCAACUCCCAAGAUAUGACAAGGGUUAUAGAUGUAAAAAUAUUCCUGAUCGGAAAGCUGGAAAAACUUGGGAAUCCCUUUCGACGAAUAACAAAAAUGAAGCUCAGAAACCCUUUGGUCCAUGGAUGAAACUCUUUGGUCCAUGGAUGCCUGGUUUUAAAUUCAUUUACUCAUUCAUUGAAUUCAUUCAUUCAUGAUAAGGUCGAAUGCUUGGAAGUACGGCUUUAAAAUAAAAACUUUUUUUGUAAAUAUAUUUCUGUAUCCCGGAGGUAAAGAACUUCACGUCCAUUUUUGUAUUUGUUCAGAGGAGCCAAUUUCUAUAAUAGAUCUAUACCCUUAAUAGAUAUAUUUUCACUCUUGAAAUAAAUAGA